AUGUCAUACCAUCUUUCAUUCACAGGUGCUGCCAACGGUGCACCCAACGGAGCUGCCAACGGCCAUGCUGCCGUGUCGGCACCGCCGCACCCCACGCAGGAGCAGAUCGACGCCUCGGCGCGCAAGUACUUUCUGUUUGGCUCGCCCAUCUCGCACUCUGCCAGCCCGGCGUUCCAGAACCUGAUGCUGCAGUCGAUUGCGCCCAUCGGCUUCCCGGGCUCGGAAGCGCAGACGUUCCACCCUACGUACUCGCUCAAGGAUACCAAGUCGGUCGACGAGGCGCACCUGUACGAUCUCGUCCGCAAGGACCCGCUGUUUGCCGGUGCGGGCGUGACGAUGCCGCUCAAGGUUGCUGUCACGGCAACGCUCGGACCCAAGGGCGUGAUCGACGAGCUGAGCGAGGCGGGCAAGGCAACGCAGACGGUCAACACGAUCAUUUCGACCCCGAACGGAGCUGGGCGAAAGAUGGUGGGGACCAACACGGAUUACUUGGGCAUUGCGCAUGCGGUGCUGCGCGGAGUGGCAGAGUGCAAUGCAGAGGAGAGGGUGACCAAGUAUCUCGACCCGCAGCUCGGCGUCAAGGCGAGGUACGUCUUCCCGCGCAACAAGGCGGGCAAGCCGUAUGCGGCGUUCAUCAUCGGAUCGGGCGGCACGUGCAGGUCGGCAGUGUAUGCGGUGAGCCAGAUGGGCCUUUCGCCGAUCUAUCUGCUCAACCGUGAUGCGGACGAGACGCAGGCGGUGGUGGACCAUUUCGGUGCUACGGUGGAUCUGAGGCCGCUGCGCUCGGUCGAGGCGUACGAGCGGGAAGCGGCCCUGCGCGAGUCGGGCGAGGUUGGCCAUGUGGCAUGUGCGGUUGGAGCCAUCCCGGCUUUCGCCCCGCAGACCGAGGAUGAGAAGAUGGUCUACACGCUCGCACACCGCUUCUUUGCCGAGCCAUACACGGCGCUCGGUGAAGAGCAUGCCGAGUUGCCGCAGGAAGGCGAGGAGAAGUUGGUGGCCUUGCCGCUGCCGGCCAAGAGGCCGUUUUUGGACAUGUGCUACAAGCCUCGUCAGACGCCGUUGCUGCUCGAAGCGGAAAAGCAGGGCUGGCUGCCAGUCGGCGGUGUAGAGGCCAUGGUCGAACAAGGACUCGCACAGGCACGCAUGUGGGCCGCCACCGCAAAGGCAUUCGAGCAGGGCAAGACGAGCUUUGACCCCAUCCCCUUCGCCGUCAAGGCAGGCGACGAGGGCCCGAUCGGACUCGAGAUCGAGGAACAGGCUCGUGAUCUCGUGCGUGCCAUGCUGGAUAUCAAGUAA